GAAGAACUCUCGCGACAAAGGCAGCUCGUCACAGCAGGCCUCAUACUGUGUGCUGACUGUUCCGAACUGGCAGAAUGACGACGCCUGCUGCUGCAUCGACGUCUUCGUCGGCGAGCCCGAACGAUUCUGCGGUCGUUUCGCCGAGCAAGUCGACCUCGUCACUAUCUGCGCCGAAAGCUUCAACGCCGACAGGCAUGACUUCGCCUGACCCUGCCUCGUCGUUUGCACAUGCGCUGAAGAAGUUCAAGCUCGUGUUCCUGGGAGAUCAGAACGCGGGCAAGACGUCGCUCAUCACUCAGUUCAUGUACGGCUCCUUCGACGCAACAUACCAAGCCACCAUCGGCAUCGACUUUCUGAGCAAGACCAUGUAUCUCGAAGAUAGAACAGUCAGACUGCAGCUAUGGGACACAGCAGGACAGGAGCGCUUCAGGAGUCUCAUACCGAGCUAUAUACGCGAUUCGAGCGUCGCCGUGGUCGUCUAUGACAUCACAAAUCGUUCGAGCUUUGCGAGUACGAACAAGUGGAUAGAUGACGUCCGAGCGGAGAGAGGUAGCGAUGUCAUCAUCGUGCUGGUAGGCAACAAGACAGAUCUGAACGACAAGCGACAAGUCACGACGGAGGAGGCAGAGAAGCGGGCGAAAGAUCUGGGCGUCAUGUUCAUCGAGACCUCUGCAAAAGCCGGUCACAAUGUCAAGACGCUCUUUAGGAAGAUCGCUCAAGCUUUGCCGGGCAUGGACAGAGAUUCAGAGCAAGCUGCAGGCACGAACCAGAUGAUCGAUGUCACCUCGAAGCCUUCAGAUGCGGCUCCAGAAUCGAGUGGUUGCAGUUGCUGAUAGUUAGACUCGGUGAUCACCUCCUUCGUUCUCUUCGAGACUGUUGUGUCAGUAGCCGAGCUUGAGUUGCACGGCAACAUUGCAAGACUAUACCCU